GUACACGGGAAGUUCAAAGCCUGAGCAAUUUCGGAGCUCAGUGGGGCGGAAGUGUGUCUGGGUUAGAAUUUAUUUUAAAAGUAUGAAUCUGUAUCCAUGAUUUGAUGAGUGAAGAGUUUUGAAUAUUGUUAUUCGACUGAAAGUGCUUAAGACUUUUUCUGGUAGUUCGCAUUUGAUGUUAAGAUAUUUUCCUUCGUCGGCGGUGGCAUGUUGGUUGGUUAUAGCAGCAGCUCAGAAGAAGAGGAGGACAGCUUAGCUGUGAAAAAGCGAAAAAGUGAAACUCUCCUAAACGAUAGCGCUUCAGAUUUAAAACGGCCGAAAUUUACUCCAACACCUCUAGAGCCGGGAUCCUUCCAGCAGCAGGAGUCCGGCGCCCGCGGCCCCCGCCGCCCGGGAGAGAGCGAUGAGGUGCCCUCCCCUGGACGUCAUGCCCGUUUGCCCGUGCCGGGGAGCGUGCUGGACAUGUUCAAGGGGUCGGAGGAGGAGGCUCUGCCGGAUCCCUCCAGGCAUGGGGGUCGGAUGCGCUCUUUCGGCCACGAGCGCGGGAACUGGGCCACCUACGUGUACCUGCCGUACUCCCCAGACGAGAGCUUCCUGGAGCUGGUAGAGGUCCUGGCCCGGGCGGCACAGGGUCAUGGGGUGGUGCUGAAGAGAGCGGACGAGUUUCACAUCAGCCUCUCGCAGACCGUUGUCCUGCGCCAUCACUGGAUAGAUCCCUUUGUACUGUCUCUCAAGAAAGAGCUUGCAAACUGCCAGAAGUUUAUGUGCGUGGCGGACAGAGUGAAUGUUUACACCAAUCAGGAGAAGAGCAGGACCUUCCUGGGUGUGGAGGUGUCCGCCGGACACCCGCAGCUGCUGGAGGUGGUGAGAGCAAUUGACAGGACCCUGCAGGAGUUCCGCCUCAGCACCUUCUACCAGAAACCAUCGUUCCACGUGAGCCUGGCCUGGUGCGUGGGAGACUACACAGAGACACUGAGAGGAAUGUGCUGUCAGGAGCUGCAGACCAUCCUUGACAAAUAUGAAGACGGUGCCUUCCAGCUCACAGUGCCCUGUGAGGACAUCCGCUGCAAGUCUGGAAACAAGGUCUUCUCCUUCCCACUGCGCUGAGAGGAGGAGUCUGGAUCUCCUGAGGAUGUGGGAUGUGGAUCUUCCAGCUUCCAUUCAUCUACUCUCCCAACGCCCAAUGGUUGGAAACGCUUUUUCCAAAGAGCGGAGCAGGCAGUCCUUGCCCUGAGCACUUCUUUUAUCUGCGUGACAAACUGUUGAGAGAAUAUGGACGAUAAAAUUGCCCAAAUAUUCUCUCUCACCGGUUUGUUAGAUCUGGGAUUUCCCAGUCACUUUAGAUGUAGAAUAUUUUUUAAAGAACAAGUUUACUUAGUUCAGAAGUAAAAUCUGGCUAAAAUCUAUAGUUAUUGUAAGUAAGUUGUGAACUUGAAAACAUUAAAAGCAAACCUGCAGGUGCACAGGUGAACCUGACAUAUCCACUGUGAAACGGAGGGUAAACCCCCUUUCAGAUAAACUGGCAUCCAUGUAACCAAUGACUAUAUUUCAUUACAUAAUAGAGUAUAUUUUCAAUUUGCUUAGUAAUAAAUGUUACUUUUUAUACAGAAAAGAUGUCCGCUGCUUCUCUAAUCAUUUAUUAAGGUCAUGUUGUACGUUUUCUGUUCUUAAGUGAGUUGAUGUAGUUGCUGGUCUCUCGCCAGCUCCUGAGCCUUUGCUCAAUACUGCCAAAAUCACCCUUUCUUAAUUCUUCAUACAAAUUGUAUUCACAUCUCAGGUGGGGCUGUGGGAUUUUGUAAAGCCUAGGUGUAGAUCGAGGCAAUCAAUUGUGUAACUGAACGUAACUCUGAAUGAUGCGCAACAAACUGCAUGCUACUGCUUUGUCCACAAUUAAGACACUAGUUACACAACAUUUGUGCACAUGGAGCUUCUUGUGUUAUUUGCCGUGACUCUAGUAGUUCCCUUUUGCAGUAUCUUUUACCCAUGGGUUCGCUAAAUGUACUAAAUAAAGUAUGUGUUUCGUUCUGCUGUAACACUCAUAUCUCAGUUGGCCUGAGCUGGGAUGUUUUUUGUGAUAUAGCUCAUUGCUUAUUUUCCACAGUGUUCGGUAACUGGCUCAUGUUGGUGGAGGAGAUUUGUCUGGAAGUAGAGUGCAGGAACAUACACAAUCAUCUUAGUUAAAUAUGCUGAGUUAUUAGUAGUAAACACGACUACAGGAAGUGUGUUAUCAAAUUUCAUUAAUGAAAAGAGUUUGAAAUGGUUAGAACAUGAUCAGUUUUUAGGAUGUGGUAGACCUGGAAGUAAAAGAAGGAAUUUUA